AAUGUGUCCAGUUUAAGAAGGGGCUCAUUCGCAAUGACCCACCAACAUCUCUGAGGGGCAGAUAGUGACAUAGCUAGCGCCGCCCACAUCCCGUUGCAGAAUGAAACAUUGAUACUGUUUCCUGUGAAAGAUACUUUGUUUCGGAGGGUUUUGCUGCUCCCACAGGUUUCCAUUUAACAAUCUGAAGGUUCCAACUCGUUGAAGCCGGGAAUUUCACGGACAGCCUGGAGAAGGAUUAAAAAAGGAAGCUUUCCAGCUUGAAAAGAUGAAUAUGAUGAACUAGCCCACUUCAGCUUUGAUCUGACACUGACUGUGGACCAACUGAGAAUGGAAGAGAAGAGAAAGAAAAGAAGCCCCAAGGUCACUUUAAAUCAGCAGCCUCCACUGGGUAACCCCAAGAAAUCGUCAGUGCCAACCAGUAAGAGUGCAACAUUCACCUCUGCUUUACCUCAGCCUCCUUCACCAAAACUUACAUCAAAGUUGAAAAGUCGAACAAAUAAAGACAAAGUGAAACCACCGCAGCAAACUGGAAAGGUGACAAAACCAGCUCCAAUACAACAUUCAUUCCUGACAGAUGUUUCUGAUGUGAGAGAGAUGGAGUGUGGCUUGUUGAAUUUGCUGAAUGAUUUCCACUCUGGGAAGUUGCAGGCAUUUGGAAAAGAGUGCUCUUUUGAACAGAUGGAGCAUGUGAGAGAGAUGCAAGAAAAAAUGGCUCGUUUACAUUUUAGCCUUGACAGUCAUGUGGAAGAGCUGUCUGCAGACAAGAAAAAAAAUGCAUCUGACAGGAAUCUCGAACAGCUUCUGACAAAUCUGGAAGAGCUUAGUACUUCAAUACAAAAGCUACACUUAGCAGAAAAUCAAGACCUGCCAAAAAAUCAAGACCCGAAACCACAUACUUUAUAGAAACUGUGGUUAAUGAGACUGGUGCGAAUCUUGGAUAAAGCAAAAAUGAAUUGCACUCCUCAGUGGUAGCAUUCCUGUGGGGAGGGAGACAGAAUGCAUACUUGUCGUGUUUACACUGAAAGUGGGAAACAGAAAUUAUAUUAGUUGUUAAUAGGGAGCAUUGUCAAUUCUAGCUCCUCCUUUUAUCUCCAAAAAAGACUGGCUCUUGACUACAGUACAGUUGCACACUAGGUUAACUACCUUUAGUAGUCAUUAUUCAUGUCAGCCUUGAUAGUCAUUUUGAACACAUUUUUAAUUUGAUUUAUUGUUACAUGUAUCUAGAUACUGUGAAAAGUCAUGUUUUGUGUGCUAUACAGGCAGAUCAUACCAUACAAAGUGCAUCAGGUUAGCAGAACAAAGUGCAGAAUACAGAGUUACAACCGCAGAGAAGGUGCAGAGAGAUCAGAAUUAACAUUUGAGAGGUCCAUUUAAAAGUGUGAUAACAGCGGGGAGGAAGCUGUUCUUGAAUCUGUUUGUAUUUGCAUACAAACUUUUAUAUCUUCUGCCCAAUAGAAGAGAAUAUAACCAAGUUGGAAGGGGUCUUUGAUUUUGUUGGUUGCUUUCCUGAGGCAGUAGGAAGUAUGCCAUUCAAUUGUAAAGGAAGGAAUCGCAACCGAAUUCAAGUCAUAUGUUGUUCCCACUUGACUGCAUGCGGGAACACUGAACAAUUAAUAAUGGCCGCAGUAUUGCAUGAUUUUGCAAAAUUUUAAUCUACUGGUGCUGAAGUCAAUCAAUACCAUCCCAGGUGAAAUUGGGUUUAUCUCCAUAAACAACGGGUGGAAUUUUCAACUUACUUUCUCAGUGGUUCAGUUACACACUGGAUACAUUUGUAGAAACAUCUGGGAACUUUGUUUCUGUGGCUUGGGUACAAAUGUAUUGUUUGGCACAGGAAAAAUAGUUUUAUGAACAUCAGUUUUAAAAAUGCAAUUAUUAUUUUUCCUGGUACCGAGGGUUUACUUUUAAUAUCAUUUGUGCUGUUUGUACAAGGACACAUUUUUUAGUUCAGGAAGUGCAGUUUGCAGUUUUAGCUGUCAUUGUAAGAAGUUUGUUUGAAGUGUGUCUACUUUAAUGCUGGUAGCAUCUGGAAUAAGGUGGGUGAACUUGCAGCAUGGGUUGGUACCUGGGAUUUCAAUGUUGUGGCCAUUUCAGAGACAUGGGUAGAGCAGGGAUAGGAAUGGUUAUUGCAGGUUCUGAGAUUUAGAUGUUUCAGUAAGAACAGAGAAGAUGGUAAAAGGUUGGGGGGUGGGGGAUAUUGUUAAUUAAGGACAGUAUUACUGUGGCAGAAAGGAUAGUUGAGAAAUUGUUUACUGAGGUAGUAUGGGCUGAGGUUAGAAACAGGAAAGGAGAGGUCACCCUGUUGGGACUUUUCUAUAGGCGUCUGAAUAGUUCCAGAGAUGUAGAGAAAAGGAUUGCAAAGAUGAUACUGGAUAGGAUUGAGGUUAACAGGGUAGUUGUUAUGGGCAUUUUAGCUUUCCAAAUAUUGACUGCAAAUACUGUAGUUCAAGUACUCUAGAUGGAUCAGUUUUUGUUCAAUGUGUGCAGGAGGCUUUCCUGACAGAGUAUGCAUGCAGGCCAACAAGGGGCAAGACCUCAUUGGAUUUGGUACUAGCUAAUGAACCUGGCCAGGUGUUAGAUUUGGAGGUAGGUGAGCACUUUGGUGAUAGUGACCACCAUUUGGUUAUGUUUACUUUAGUGAUUGCCCAGCCUUUGGCUUUGCCCUUUAUGUCAUUCCUGUUUGCAGGAAUAGUGCCAGAAGACUGGAGGAUAGCAAAUGUCCCCUUGUUCAAGAAGGGAAGUAGAAACAAUCCUGGUAAUUAUAGACCAGUGAGCCUUCUGUUGUGGGUAAAGUGUUGGAAAAUCUUACAUGAGAUAGGAUUUUUAAUCAUCUAGAAAGGAAUAAGUUGAUUGGGAUAGUUAACACAGUAUUGUGAAGGGUAGGUGGUGCCUCACAAACCUUAUUGAGUUCUCUGAGAAGCUGACCAAACAAGUGGAUGACGGUAAAGUGGUUGAUGUGGUAUAUAUGGAUUUCAGUAAGGCAUUUGACAAGGUUCCCACGGUAGGCUAUUGUACAAAUUACGGAGGCAUGGGAUUGAGGAUGAUUUAGUGAUUUGGAUCAGAAAUUAGCUACCUGAAAGAAGGUAGAGGGUGGUGGUUGAUGGGAAAUGUUCAUUCUGGAGUUCAGUUAAGAGUGGUGUACUGCAAGGAUCUGUUUUGGGGCCACUGCUAGAACAUAGAACAUAGAACAAUACAGCACAGAACAGGCCCUUCGGCCCACGAUAUUGUGCCGAACAUCUAUCCUAGAUUAAGCACCCAUCCAUGUACCUAUCCAAUUGCCGCUUAAAGGUCGUCAAUGAUUCUGACUCUACCACUGCCACGGGCAGCGCAUUCCAUGCCCCCACCACUCUCUGGGUAAAGAACCCACCCCUGACUUCUCCCCUAUACCUUCCACCCUUCACCUUAAAUUUAUGUCCCCUUGUAAUACUCUGUUGUACCCGGGGAAAAAGUUUCUGACUGUCUACUCUAUCUAUUCCUCUGAUCAUCUUAUAAACCUCUAUCAAGUCACCCCUCAUCCUUCGCCGUUCCAACGAGAAAAGGCCGAGAACACUCAACCUGUCCUUGUACGACGUAUUCUCCAUUCCAGGCAACAUCCUGGUAAAUCUUCUCUGCACCCUCUCCAAAGCUUCCACAUCUUUCCUAAAGUGAGGCGACCAGAGCUGUACACAGUACUCCAAAUGUGGCCUAACCAAAGUCCUGUACAGCUGCAACAUCACUUCACGACUCUUGAAUUCAAUCCCUCUGCUAAUGAACGCUAAUACACCAUAGGCCUUCUUACAAGCUCUAUCCACCUGAGUGGCAACUUUCAAAGAUCUAUGUACAUAGACCCCAAGAUCCCUCUGUUCCUCCACCUGACUAAGAACUCUACCGUUAACCUGUAUUCCGCAUUCUUAUUUGUUCUUCCAAAAUGGACAACCUCACACUUGACAGGGUUGAACUCCAUCUGCCACUCCUCAGCCCAGCUCUGCAUCAUAUUAAGUCCCUUUGCAGCCGGCAACAGCCCUCCUCACUGUCCACAACUCCAUCAAUCUUCGUAUCGUCUGCAAAUUUACUGACCCACCCUUCGACUCCCUCAUCCAAGUCAUUAAUAAAAAUUACAAACAGCAGAGGACCCAGAACUGAUCCCUGCGGAACUCCACUUGUAACUGGGCUCCAGGCUGAAUAUUUACCAUCUACCACUCUCUGACUUCGACUGGUUAGCCAGUUUUCAAUCCAAUUGGCCAAGUUUCCCUCUAUCCCAUGCCUCCUGACUUUCCGCAUAAGCCUACCAUAGGGAACCUUAUCAAAUGCCUUACUAAAAUCCAUGUACACUACAUCCACUGCUCUACCCUCAUCCACAUGCUUGGUCACCUCCUCAAAGAAUUCAAUAAGACUUGUAAGGCAAGACCUACCCUUCACAAAUCCGUGCUGGCUGUCCCUAAUCAAGCAGUGUCUUUCCAGAUACUCAUAAAUCCUAUCCCUCAGUACCCUUUCCAUUACUUUGCCUACCACAGAAGUAAGACUAACUGGCCUAUAAUUCCCGGGGUUAUCCCUAUUCCCUUUUUUGAACAGGGGCACAACAUUCGCUACUCUCCAGUCCCCUGGUACUGCAAUUUCCUCUCUUGCUUCCCACAUAAUCCUAGGAUAUAUCCCGUCAGGCCCGGAGGACUUGUCUAUCCUCAAGUUGUUCAAAAUGUCCAACACAUCUUCCUCAUCCAAUGUUUGUCAUUUUUAUGCCCUGGAUGAGGGCAUAGAAGGAUGGGUUAGUAAAUUUGCAGAUGGAUACUAAGCUGAGUAGAGUUGUGGAUAGUGCCGAAGGAUGUUGUCGGUUAUGGGGAACAUAGGCUGCAGAGCUGGGCUGAGAGGUGGCAAAUGGAGUUUAAUGUGGAAAAGCGUGAGGUGAUUCACUUUGAAAGGAGUAGGAGAGAGCAGAGAGUUCUCAGUGUCCAUGUACAUAGAUCAACCCUGGUUGAUAGGGUUGUUAAGAAGGCAUAUGGUGUGUUCGCUUUUAUUAGUAGAGGGACUGAGUUUCAGAACCAUGAGAUCAUGCUGCAGCUGUACAAAACUCUGGUGUGGCUGUACUUGGGGUAUUGCGUACAGUUCUAGUCACCGCAUUAUAGGAAGGAUGUGGAAGCUUUGGAAAGGAUGCAGAGGAGAUUUACUAGGAUGUUGCCUCAUAUGGAGAGAAGAGCUGAAAAAUGUGU